CGCCCCACUCCGCUCUAGUGCAAGUGUGAGAGCCCAGCAGGACUCACGGGGGGACAGUUGGAGAAAAAGGCAGAAAAGGGAAAGAAAGGCGAAGAGACAGAGACAGGAGACACAGAAAGAGAGACAGAGGAGAGACAGAGAGAGAGGCAGAGAGACAGAGAGAGAGGCAGAGCCCACCCCGAUGGCCGCAGACGAAGUUACCGGAGGGGCGCGCAAAGCCACGAAAAGCAAACUUUUUGAGUUUCUGGUCCAUGGGGUGCGCCCCGGGAUGCCGUCGGGAGCCCGGAUGCCCCAUCAGGGGGCGCCCAUGGGUCCCCCGGGGUCCCCGUACAUGGGCAGCCCCGCCGUGCGUCCAGGCCUGGCCCCAGCUGGAAUGGAGCCGGCCCGCAAGAGAGCGGCACCCCCACCCGGGCAGAGCCAGGGGCAGAGCCAGGGCCAGACGGCGCCCGCAGCCCCCGCCCGGAGCCGCAGUGCCAAGAGGAGGAAGAUGGCUGACAAAAUACUCCCUCAGAGGAUCCGGGAGCUGGUCCCUGAGUCCCAGGCCUACAUGGACCUGUUGGCCUUCGAGAGGAAGCUGGACCAGACCAUCAUGCGGAAGCGCGUGGACAUCCAGGAAGCAUUGAAGAGGCCGAUGAAGCAAAAACGGAAGCUGCGACUCUACAUCUCCAACACGUUCAACCCGGCCAAGCCGGACGCCGACGACUCGGAUGGCAGCAUUGCUUCCUGGGAGCUGCGGGUGGAGGGGAAACUCCUGGAUGACCCCAGCAAGCAGAAGAGGAAGUUCUCCUCCUUCUUCAAGAGCUUGGUCAUUGAGCUGGACAAGGACCUCUACGGUCCUGACAACCACCUGGUUGAGUGGCACCGGACGCCAACAACGCAGGAGACGGACGGAUUCCAGGUGAAGCGGCCGGGAGAUCUGAGUGUGCGGUGCACCCUGCUUCUCAUGCUAGACUACCAGGUCGGGGACCCAGCAUUCGCACUCAGCCCCCCCCAGUUCAAGCUGGACCCACGCCUGGCCCGGCCUGGGCUGCACACGCAGAGUCGCUCGGCCAUCGUGCAGGCCCUGUGGCAGUACGUGAAGACCAACCGGCUGCAGGACUCCCACGACAAGGAGUACAUCAACGGAGACAAGUACUUCCAGCAGAUCUUCGACUGCCCACGGCUGAAGUUCUCGGAGAUCCCCCAGCGCCUCACGGCCCUGCUGUUGCCCCCGGACCCUAUCGUCAUCAAUCACGUCAUCAGCGUGGACCCUUCAGACCAGAAGAAGACAGCCUGCUACGACAUCGACGUGGAGGUGGAGGAGCCGCUGAAGGGCCAGAUGAACAGCUUCCUCCUGUCCACCGCCAACCAGCAGGAGAUCAGUGCGCUGGACAGCAAGAUCCACGAAACCAUCGAGUCCAUCAAUCAGCUCAAGAUCCAGAGGGACUUCAUGCUCAGCUUCUCUCGAGACCCCAAGGGCUACGUUCAGGACCUGCUGCGCUCCCAAAGUCGGGAUCUCAAGGUGAUGACGGACGUGGCCGGGAAUCCCGAGGAAGAGCGGCGGGCCGAGUUCUACCACCAGCCCUGGUCCCAGGAGGCCGUGAGCCGCUACUUCUACUGCAAGAUCCAGCAGCGCAGACAGGAGCUGGAGCAGUCGCUGGGCGUGCGUAACACUUAAGACUCUGGCCUCCAGACUGCCCUCCCUCUCCACUUUGGCCGGCCCCCCCGGGGCCCUCCUCACCCUCCUUCUCCCUCUCUCCUUCCCCCGUCCCCUCCCGCUCCCCGGGCCCCGCCUUCACUCCCGAGCCGGCCGCCGCACGGAGCCUCAUAAAGGUCUUUCCCC